AUGACUAUCGAAGAUUUGCUGUCCUCUGUUGGCACAGAAGCACUUCAAAAGCAAGAUUUUCAACAACUGAACAAGUGGAAUGCAGCUGUUCCCUCGGUGUCAACCAAUUGCGUCCAUGAUCUUAUUCGAAAACAAAAUGAUGCCAGCCCUGAUGAGCCAGCUGUGUGCUCCUGGGAUGGGAACUUCACAUACCGAGAACUGGACGAAAGUUCUACGAAACUGGCACGCCUGAUAAUGGAUCAUGGUGUGACCCCUCGAACAUUUGUUCCCAUAUGCAUGGAGAAGUCAUGUUGGACGGUGGUAGCCAUUCUCGCCAUACUAAAGGCAGGAGCUGCCUUCUCUCUUCUCGACCCAAGUCAUCCACAAGAGCGUUUGAAGGCCAUAACUCAGGACCUUGGGGCGACUGUUGUACUCACAGAUGCAUGCUCCUAUUCUUUGGUCGAUUCGAUGGCCAAAAAUGUCUUGAUUGUCGAGAACAUCGUUCAAUGUGUUUUCGCAGGGGAAGAAGAUCAUUUGCUUCCCAUUGUUGUUGAGCCACAUGAUCCACUAUAUGUUGUUUUCACGUCUGGCUCCACCGGGUCUCCCAAAGGUGUUCUUGUUUCUCAUUCCGCCUACGCCACAAGUGCGGCGGGCCUGAAGAUGCCACUGAUGCUUUGCACACAGUCAAGGGUACUUCAAUUCGCAUCCUAUGCAUUUGAUGUCAGUGUAUCAGAUCAUCUCUUGACCCUCCUGGCCGGAGGUUGUAUUUGUAUCCCCUCCGAGGAGGAGCGAAAGAAUUGCCUCGCUAGUGUUAUCACAAGACUCCGCGUGAAUUGGACCUUCCUCACUCCAUCUAUGGCGCGUUUUAUGGACCCCAUUGACAUCCCUUGCCUAAAUUACCUGGUACUGGGUGGCGAGCCCGUCAUACAGAGCGAUAUCGACAAAUGGUCUCCUUACGUCCAAGUUAUAGGGCUUUACGGACCAGCAGAAGUUGCCGCUGGCACGACAGUGAACUCCAAUCUCAAAAGCUCGAACAGGCCCACCAAUAUUGGAAAUUCCCCCGCUGUAAUAUCCUGGGUCGUCAACCAGGAAAAUCGAAAUGAGCUUGUCCCCAUCGGUACCCCGGGAGAAUUGCUCAUUGAAGGAUGGGCCCUUAGUCAAGGAUACAUCAACAAGCCCGAUCUGACGGAAUCUGUGUUUAUAUCUCCUCCUGUGUGGCUCGGAAGUCAACGUCGGAAUGUUCCCGGCAAAAAGAUGUACAUGACUGGUGAUUUGGUACGCUACCAAAGCGAUGGAUCGUUGGAGUAUCUGGGUCGGAAGGACAGCCAGGUUAAGCUUCGGGGCCAGCGAAUUGAGUUGGAGGAAAUAGAGUUUUCCGCUCGCCAAUACUUCCAUGGGAGUUGCACUAUCAUCGCUGACGUAGUAUGCGAUCAGCUGGGUGCAUUUUUGCACUUUCCGAUACCGGCUGAGACAAAUUCGAACUCAUUAGGAAGGACGAGAGGACUAAAGUUCUCUUCACCCUCGCCAGAGCUGCUUGGUGAGAUUGAAGGUCUAGCGUCAUAUUUAAAAGACAAGCUACCCUCAUUCAUGAAUCCGGAAUUCUAUGUCUGCAUCUCCAAUAUUCCCCUGACUCCAACUGGAAAAACCAAUCGUCGAUUAAUCAGGGAGCGAGCUUCAGCCUUGUCUGCAGAGGAGUGGAGGUCUCUUCGUUGCUACAAUCAGCGAAAGGCCACAGGACUUCCAUUGACCUCAAAGGAAGAAACCAUGCAACGACUGUGGGUCAAGACAUUACGCAUCCCUGUGGAGACUAUUAGCCGCAGUGACGACUGGUUUAACAUUGGAGGAACUUCGCUCUCGGCCAUGCAGCUGGUCAAUGAAGCUAGGAAAGAGAGGUUGGAAAUAACUGUGAAAGACGUUUUUCAGCACCGCACACUAAGACAAUUGGCAUUUCACUCAAAAAGCUUGACGUCAGUCGCAGAACAGUACGUUGCUUUCCAGUGGCUUGGAGAAGGUGAUCAGGAACGCCAGCACCUAUCGCGUACGGUAAUGGACAACUAUCAGGAUACUGUGAUCGAGGACAUUUAUCCGGCGGAUGAUGUGUUUCAAGCUUGUCAAGACAUCAGUGCAACAAUCGGUUACAAUCUCACGGCCCGAGUAGACACCAAGGUGAGUUCGCACUUGGACCGCAACAGGCUUUCUCAAGCCUGGGGGGUAGUGGUGCAAACAAACCCUGUCCUUCGUUCUCAAUUCCUGUCCCUGGCCGACAAAGGAUACCAGGUGAUUUUGAAAGAUGGCCCACCGCUUGAAAUCGUGUCAAUGCUCCCGACAAGCGAUAUAGAAAAUAUUUGGGGUUUGAAGAAAUUCCUGGUCCGGAUGGUGUUGGACAAAGACAAUCUACUAUCCUUGUUUAUACAUCACACACUCUAUGAUGAGUUUGGUCUGGUGACCAUAUAUCAACAAUUGGAGAGAGCCUACCACUCUGAGGCUCUGCAACCAUAUAGUUAUGGGUCAUAUCUAAGUUGGCUCUCAAAUGUCGACCAAGACAAUGAGAAUUUUUGGAAGAACAGUUUUGCAGGCUAUCACGCAAUCAAACUGCCCACCACUCCUCUUGAAAACCAAGAAUUGCUAGCGCGUUCACAGCUUGCACCAUUCUUCAUUCCACUGCGCAAAAGCUCGAGUCCAUUCACUGUGGACAACAAAGCAACUUUAACACUGGCACUUGUGCUCAGCCUGUGGACAAAAACCCUGGAUGUCGUGUUUGCCUCUGUCAAUAAUCGCCGAGGAGCACCUGUUUCUGGUAUCACUGAAAUGGUUUGCGCCGCCGUUAUGCCGCUUCCGACCCGCGUCCCGUUAGAGCCAGGGCGAACUAUCUCUGACACCUUGGAUAUGAUCCAGGGACGCUUUCUUAAUGCAUUACCGUUUCAAAACAUUGGAUGGUACAAGCUGGAGCAGCUCAGCCCUGAGCUUUCUGCAGCCUGCAGUUGUUGGGCCUUGAUGAAUGUCCAGGCUCAUUUACCUGAGAUUAUUCCAAAAAUGUUUUCCGACUGGAAGUGCAGUGUCCCACAGGGGUACGAACCUCCUAACGCAUUGUAUCUCGAUUGUGUGAUACAUUCGGACUCUUUGAAGGUUGAUCUGAGUUAUGAUCCGGACAUCGUAGGCAACUCAGUUGCCCAAAGUUUGCUCGACGCAUUUGUGGUGGUGUACCAACUCGUUGAUGGAAGCCCGCACUUGAGCAUUGACGAUGUCUUGCACCGUGAUCUUGUUCAAGUUACCGCUUGA